CAAAUAUUUAAAACUAGAAAAAUACUAACAUAAAAGGAGAUAAUACUAGUCUUAAUAUGUCAAUUCCAUGUAAUAUUGAUAAAUUUCAAGAAUGGAUAGUGAUGGAGUAUAUGGCCCAGGAACCCCCGGCCCAAAGACUCCUACUUCUCCUACACAAGUCCAUUGAGCCCAGGGAACAACUCAGGCCCAAAUACCACGGCCCAAGCCUCAAGGUGGCCCAGGAUACACAUUGGGGUGCCUUCGGCCUCCUUGGCCGAAGGCUCCAAAACUCACAGAAUAGCCUUCUCUGGCAUAAGAAGCUACUGGGAGAAAACGGCAAAAAACAUGAGCCUUCGGCAUUGUCAAGCCCUCGGCAUCAGAGCCUUCGGUCACAUGAGGCCUUCGGCUACACAGGGGUCCUGGUCGCAUGGAGCCCUCGGCUACACCAGGAACCUUCGGCCAGACACGCUCAAUCAUCGAAGAUUCCUUUUGGAGACAGCCAACGACCGCAUUUAAUGCUACAUCACAUCCGCCAACCGCAUUUAAUGCGGUGAACGUACCACUGCCGGUGCCACCCAGCUGAUGUGACCCCUCGGCCGUUGGAUUACUGACACGUGUACUCUCAUCGCAUUUAUUGCUGCUAUAAAUAGCAGCUCAUUUCUCCUUGUAAAGGAUCGACACCUCAACUCCACACGGAAAAGAAGACAUAUCAAGAUUUAUGUCAGAGAUAUUAUUCGGAAGAGAUGCAGAAGAUGGAGCCACCAAACAAUUAUGGAGAUAUUAUGUGGAAGAAAAGAAGACAGUUGUUAUGUAUCAUGAAGCAAAAAUGGGAGAUGGAGCCAACAAAUGGAGGAUGGGAGCCACCCAAAGGACAUAUAUUAUCAAUGCAAACCAAGUGGGAUUCCCAAAACAAGAUGUCAAGAGACAUUUGGCAAAUUAUUGUGUGGACUACUAUUUAUUACUUUACAAAUGUACAACAGUAAUGGAGUAUUUACUAUUCAUGCAUUAUUUAAUUUCUAUCAUGUAAUAAUUGUACCACUAUGGAAAACUCGUAUAUAAGAAGCUCAUUGUAACCAUAAGAAGGCAUCAGAAUCAUAGGAAGUUGCCUACGCAAGAAUUCAAUAAAGCUUGAAUUUCUUUC